CGCUAGUCCAGUUCUGCGCCGCUCGCGUGUCCUCCGUAGCCGCCGUUGUCCCGUUGAGAGAACCUGAACAUGGCAUCCGACGGACCGCCGGGCACCGAAUCCCUCCAGUCCGAUUUAGGCAGCGCUAUCGCGGCCCUGAACACAUGGAGCCACUCGGAGCUUCACUCCAAGCUGGCGGAGCUGGGAGCACCCACGAUGGGUCCCAGAGAGGAGCUGAUGGACAGACUGAAGGGCUACAUGCUCCAGACCGGGAUCCUCCUCAGCAAACCUAAUGAUGACAAAUCUAUGGGCCCCCAGAUGUCCGGUAUCCCUCCCAUGCCCCCGAUGCCCAUGCCACCCAUGCCUCCCGGUAUGGGCAUGCUCCAGGCUAUGACCAUGAUGCCCGGGGGGCCCCCUCCGCCGGGCAUCCACAUGGGCAUGGAGCCCCCGGGUUUGCCCCCUCCGGGCCUAUCGCAGGAUGAUCAGCUGAAGAUGGCGCAGCACAGAGCGGCCAUGGUGCUACAGCAGGAGGAGAGAGCCAAGCAUCAGAUGAUGGAACAGCAGGAGAUGGUUACGAUGCAUAUGGGUGCAGUGCGAGGUAUGGAUCCACGUGGGCCGCUGCCUCCUGGUGUCAGUAUGAUGCCGACCCAAAAACAGAGAGUGCCCCCUCCUCCGGGAGAAGAUAACCGAGAGUGGCAGAGCGAGGAGGUGAGCAUCAGCGGGCCCAAGAUCCCCCAAGCCCUGGAGAAGAUCCUCCAGCUGAAGGACAUGCGACAGGAGCAGCUCACCGACCCCGCAGAGGAGGAAGACGAGUUGGACCUGAACAGAUCCUCGGCACCGCUCGUGUCUGAGACGGAAGACGACGACAGUCAGAUAUCCAAGAAGGAUAAAAACCGCAAACGCCGGAACCGCAAGAAGAAGAGCAAGCAGAAGCGAGCCCUGGAGAAGAAGGAGCAGGCGGAGCAGCAGGAGCAGAAGAAGGAGGAGGACGAGAAGAAGGAGGAGGAGGGCGGCGACAAAGACAAAGGGAAGGACAAAGACAAGGAGCCCGAGGUGGAGAUCGAGUACAUCACGGAGGAGCCGGAGAUCUAUGACCCCAACUACAUCUUCUUCAAGAGGAUCUUUGAGGCCUUCAAGCUGACCGACGACGUGAAGAAAGAGAAGGAGAAGGAGCCCGAGAAGACGGACAAGCCGGAGACGGCCGUGCUGCGGAAAAAGGGCUUCGAGGACGAGAGGAAAGACAGCGACGACAGCGACGAGGACAUGAGGCCGGACGUCUCUAAACUCUCCAAGAAGAAGAUGAGGCGGAUGAACCGGCUCACGGUGGCUGAACUCAAACAGCUGGUGGCCCGCCCGGAUGUGGUGGAGAUGCACGACGUGACGGCCCACGAGCCCAAGCUGCUGGUCCACCUGAAGGCCACCAGGAACACGGUGCCGGUGCCCCGCCACUGGUGCUUCAAGAGGAAGUACCUGCAGGGCAAGAGAGGUAUCGAGAAGCCUCCGUUUGAGCUGCCCGACUUCAUCAAGAAGACGGGCAUCCAGGAGAUGAGGGAGGCGCUGCAGGAGAAGGAGGACGCCAAGACCAUGAAGACCAAGAUGAGGGAGAAGGUCCGGCCCAAGAUGGGAAAGAUCGACAUCGACUACCAGAAGCUCCACGACGCCUUCUUCAAAUGGCAGAUCAAACCCAAGCUCACCAUCCACGGGGACCUUUACUACGAGGGCAAAGAGUUUGAAACUCGUCUGAAAGAGAAGAAGCCUGGCGAUCUGUCCGAAGAGCUGCGCAUCGCUCUGGGAAUGCCGGUCGGACCUAACGCCCACAAGGUGCCCCCUCCCUGGCUGAUCGCCAUGCAGCGGUACGGCCCCCCUCCCUCCUACCCCAAUCUCAAGAUCCCCGGCCUCAACUCCCCGAUCCCGGACAACUGCACGUUUGGUUACCACGCCGGGGGCUGGGGGAAGCCCCCCGUGGACGAAAUGGGAAAACCUCUGUACGGCGACGUGUUUGGGACCAACGCCAUAGACUUCCAGGCCAAAGCGGAGGAGGAGGAGGUGGAUCACGCGCCGUGGGGGGAGCUGGAGCCGUCGGACGAGGAGUCGUCGGAGGAAGAGGAGGAGGAGGAGAGCGACGAGGAGAAGCCGGACGAGACCGGGUUCGUCACCCCGGCGGACAGUGGGCUGAUCACCCCCGGAGGUUUCACAUCGGUACCCGCCGGCAUGGAGACGCCGGAGCUGAUCGAGCUGAGGAAGAAGAAGAUCGAGGAGGCCAUGGAUGGCAACGAGACGCCGCAGCUGUUCACGGUGCUCCCGGAGAGACGGACGGGCCCCGUGGGGGCCGCCAUGAUGGCUUCAACGCACAUCUACGACGUGUCGGGGGCCAUGGCGGCGCGUAAGGCGGCGGGCGGGCAGGAGUCCCAGGGGGUGGAGGUGGCCCUGGCCCCGGAGGAGCUGGAGCUGGACCCCAUGGCCAUGACCCAGAAGUACGAGGAGCACGUCCGAGAGCAGCAGGCCCAGGUGGAGAAGGAGGACUUCAGCGACAUGGUGGCGGAGCACGCCGCCAAGCAGAAGCAAAAGAAGAGGAAGGCCCAGCCGCAGGACACACGAGGCGGCGCCAAGAAAUACAAAGAGUUUAAGUUCUAGAGCACAGGCGGUGAGGCGGGGAACGGACGGGGAGGAGAUCUACGACGACGACAUCGACCGUCUGAGACCAGCGGCCGUAAACAGCUGUUCCUUUUUUUAAAAAAUGAUUUAGAUGAAGCUUUCCGUGACGUAAUCGGUGUCCCGUGAGGACUCGUUUCCUCCCUUUCAGCCUACAUCUUUCGUCUUGGUUAUUUUUACAUUGUAACUUUUUUUUUCUUCUGUAUUUCGUUUUUU